CAGAAAGCAUUUUUCUUUCUUAAUAUUCAAAUACAUUCAUUGUUUUGCAUGUUUGUAUCCAUUUCUUGAGCUCCCAAAUAACAUUUUGGCUCAUCAGAUAAUAAUAUCAACGGUUUGAUUAGUGAAUCACCUCAAAUUUUCAAGAAAAAAGAGGAGUGAAUGACUGAUUUCAGCUGCUGAGGAGUUGAAUGUUGAUAGUUUUUAUGUGUGAAAAAGGGAAUGUUUUGUUGAGAAUUUUAAAGAGUUGUACAAUGGGAUAGAUGAAGGGGAUUGGUUGUUGUAUUUAUAUAUGGGGUAUACUAGUAGGGGGAAAACUUUUCCCUUUGGUUUUUCAGAUGGGUUUUGGUUCAACAGCUGGGGGUUUUCACCUAAUAGUAUUACCACUUGAAUGGCUGAUUUCCAAAGGUCUAGUCUUGCUGAUGGGGACAUUGAUCAGGCCAUUGCAGCACUUAAGAAAGGAGCAAAUCUGCUGAAGUAUGGGCGCAGAGGAAAACCCAAGUUUUGUCCUUUUCGUCUUUCUAAUGACGAAUCUGCGGUUAUAUGGUACCACGACAAAGAAGAAAAACAGCUUGAACUUUGUCAUGUAUCAAGGAUUAUUCCUGGACAGAGAACUGCAAUAUUCCAGCGGUAUCCUCGACCUGAAAAGGAGUAUCAAUCAUUUUCUCUCAUCUGUAACGACCGAUCUUUGGACUUGAUCUGUAAAGACAAGGAUGAAGCUGAGGUUUGGAUUACUGGGCUGAAAGCAAUAAUUACGCGGGGACGCUCUCGCAGGGGAAAAAAUGAUGCAAGAAGUGAACCUGUGUUUUCUGAUAGUCCACAUGGUCAACGAGUCACCACAUCAACUUCAUCUAUUGAUCAAGGAGACAAUCAGAGAACCGAGAGUCUACCUCAGAGUAGGCUUGGAAAAGCCUAUGCUGAGAUUAUUCAAUACACUGCAGCUGGCAAGAGUCCUACACUUGCUGAAACAGGUUCCUUUAAUCUUAGCUCGUUGUCUGCUGGAGCGCUUGACAACUCAAAUGCUCGAAGUUCUACAGCUGAUACAUUUCGAGUUAGUUUAUCCAGUGCUGUAAGUUCGUCCAGCCAGGGUUCUUGCCUUGAAGACUUCGAUAACCUUGGAGAUGUCUUCAUUUGGGGAGAAGGCACUGGCAAUGGGCUAUUGGGUGGUGGCAAGCACAGAAUUGGCAAAUCAUCUGGCACAAGGAUUGAUGCUUAUAUUCCCAAAUCACUGGAGUCAAGUGUGGUGCUUGACGUUCAGAAUAUUGCCUGUGGUAAUAGGCAUGCUAUGCUAGUCACAAAACAAGGAGAGGCGUUCAGCUGGGGUGAAGAGGCAGGGGGCAGGCUGGGUCAUGGGGGGGAAACAGAUAUUUCACAUCCCAAGCUUAUCAAAAAUUUCAAAGGAAUGAAUAUUGAGGUGAUUGCAUGUGGGGAAUAUCAUUCAUGUGCUGUUACAUCCUCUGGGGAUCUAUACACUUGGGGUGACGGUGCUAAAAGUUCGGGUCUUCUUGGACACAGAAGCGAAGUCAGUCACUGGAUCCCAAAGAAAGUAUGUGGCCUAAUGGAAGGUUUAAGAGUGUCUCAUGUUUCCUGUGGGCCUUGGCAUACAGCUUUCAUAACGUCUGCGGGCCACUUGUUUACAUUUGGAGAUGGAACUUUUGGUGCAUUGGGUCAUGGAGAUCGUUCUGGAUGUAUUUCUCCUAGAGAGGUGGAAACUUUCAAUGGAUUGAGGACACUCAAGGUUGCUUGUGGUGUUUGGCACACUGCUGCUGUAGUUGAACUAAUGAGUGGAUUGGAUUCUAGACCAUCUGACGUUCCGUCUGGAACACUAUUCACCUGGGGAGAUGGAGAUAAAGGGCGGCUUGGACACGGUGAUAAUAAACCAAGACUAGCUCCUGAGUGCAUAGCAGCAUUGGUUGACAAAAGUUUCAGUCAGGUAGCCUGUGGCUAUGCCAUGACUGUUGCUUUGACAACUGCAGGCCGAGUAUAUACAAUGGGUAGUACUGUUUAUGGCCAACUUGGUUGCCCUCUAGCUGAUGGAAUGUCUCCAAUUUGUGUAGAAGAUUAUCUCGUUGACAGUACUGUGGAGGAAAUUUCUUGUGGUUCACAUCAUGUUGCAGUUUUGACUUCCAAAACAGAAGUUUAUACAUGGGGAAAGGGUGAAAACGGACAACUUGGUCAUGGAGACUGUGAGAAUAAGUGUACACCUACUCUAGUAGAUAUUUUGAGGGAUAAACAAGUAAAGAGAAUAGUGUGUGGCUCAAAUUUUACUGCUGCUAUUUGUGUUCACAAUUGGGCAUUAAGUGCUGAUAAUUCUAUAUGCUUUGGAUGUCGUAUCCCUUUCAAUUUCAGAAGAAAACGCCACAAUUGUUACAAUUGUGGGUUUGUCUUUUGCAAAGCAUGCAGCAGCAAAAAGUCACUUAAUGCAUCAUUAGCCCCAAGCACAAACAAGCCAUAUCGUGUCUGUGAUGAUUGUUUCGACAAGUUAAAGAAGACAAUAGAAUCAGAACCUUUCUCCCGAGUUCCAAAAGUCAAAGCUGGAAAUGCACUUUAUAAGGCAAAUGAGCAGACAGAUAAAGAGAGCGGGCUUCCUCUAUUAGUAGGUCAGACUUCCAGACUCUCAUCUUCUGACUCAUUCAACCGUGCUCAGGGCAGAAUUUCCAGGGUUGAUCAAUGUGAGAACCGUGCAUCUUCCUUUCAAAAUGAAAAUGCUCCAAGGGAAAGCUUUACCUUAUCCAAAUCACCAAUCAGUACAUUUCGAGUUUCGAAAAGUCUCUUCUCAGCUUCUCUUCCAAGUACUAGAGUGGUCUCCCAGUCAACAUCUCCUUUUACAGGAAAGAGAAGUCCAUUGUGGCCUGCAAUACCAGCUUCAUAUCCCCCUGCUCGUACAGCUGAACUAGUUGUAGAUAAUUUGAAGCCAAUUAAUGAUAGCUUAAGCCAGGAGGUCAAACAAUUAAAGGCACAGCUGGAAGAGCUGGCAAGCAAAUCUCAACUUCUAGAAGCUGAACUUGGGAGAAAGACAAAGCAGCUGAAGGAUGCGACUGCAAAAGCAGCUAUUGAAGCAGAGAAAAGAAGAGCUGCGAAACACGUAAUCAAGUCUCUGACUGCCCAGCUAAAGGAGGUAACUGAAAGGCUUCCAGAAGAGCAGAUCUCCACCAGUAAUUUAGAUUUUAAUGUUGAACAAACGUCGUUUAAUCGUACCCGUCCUUCUAAUGGUAAAUGUGUAACCACCACAACCCUAACCGAGUGCAGUGGCACUUCUAAUACUGCUGUCUCAGCCAAGAAGUCUAGAGGGCAAAAGCCAGAGCGCAUGUUACAGGUUGAACCAGGCGUGUACCUAUAUCUUAUUUCCUUACCCGAUGGAGGCAAUGAACUGAAACGAGUUCGUUUCAGCCGUAAAUGCUUCUCAGAGGAUGAGGCAGAAAAGUGGUGGAACGAAAAUGGACAAAAAAUCUGUGAGAAGUACAACAUCACACCAGAUCAUGUCUAAUUGUAGCAACUAGCAACUGUGCAUUUUGUCCUGUAAAAAGACGCGAAGGAAGGCUAUACAAUGGAUUCUUACGAUGUUCUCUGCUCUUUGCUAUGACACUGGAAAUUUUGUUCAUUUUUGAGGCUUGAGCAACUACAUUUCUGCAUUCAAAACUAGAACAAGGAGCAGCAGCAUCCGGGAAUCAGCUGAAGACAGAGGAAAAGGUUAUGGAGAGAUUAGAAGAAUCUGAUUUUUAGUUUGUAUUUUUUGUAUAUCUUUUUUGACUCGAAUGUCUCUAUAUUUUUUGACGAUUUCAUUUUAACUAUAGCUAGUUUUCAUGUAGCAAAAUUAGUGAGCAAAACCAACCAAUAUGUAGGUAUAACUUUUCUUUAUGAAUUUGAUACAACAGUCAAGAGUUGCACAUU